AUGGGUCGAGGCUCCGUGUUCGAGCAGGGGAGACCGAGAACAGGAAGCUCGCGAAGCGCGUCCUCACGAACGAUUGGGGGGAAUUGGAGUUGGAUCUGGAGCCCUGAACAACAUGGCAAAGUUCCAUCCAUCACGCGGCUCGCCUGCACCGACCGUUCAUGCCAGGCUGAAAUCAGCGACUCAGACAUGCGCAAUGCGACCCUCCGUGACCAUUUGGAUAAAGUGCCUAUAGCAAACCAUAUUCUAGAGGAUAUACAUUUGCCUUACCAUGGCGGCACAACACUCCACGCUUACCUGACAGACGAUGAGCUGAACAAUCCUUUAGAACCCACGGGUUCAAUGACACGAGGAAUUCGGCCACAGAGGGGAGAGCCGGGCCGGGUACCCUACAGCGAAGUUAGUAUGAGGUUAAGGAGCAAAGGUUGCGGCUUUGAAUCCAAACGGCAUGGCACGAUCAGUCCUUCUGGAAAACGCCUCCUUGAUGGCAAAUGCGGGGCCUGUACCCGCGCAUGGCGGGUAUCUGCAGCGAAAGCGACGAUGCGGGCUUGA